GGGGGAUUGUCGGCUCUUCUCUCUGUGCAAAUUGCGUGUCGGCUCAGAACGCGACAAAGACAUCUCGCGAGACGAUUUGCUUGCGCCCGUGAAAAUUCGAGGUCCAAAUCAUCUUUCGAGGCGUCCUGGGCAUGGUCGCAUCUGUGGUGUAUGUAUGUAUAUGUGCGUGUGGCAUGUGCGCGCCUAUCCGCUUUUCUUCGCGUCCUUUCUCAGUCUCGCGCCUCGUCCUUUUCCUGUGCGCUUCUCGAUCUCGCGUUUCCUCGCCGUCUCUCUGACUGUGUUCUCUGCCCCGUCUGUCGCGUACGGCGAGGACCUGGAGCACGCAGGCUGGCAUUCGGACUCUCUGCGUGGAGAGUCUCUUUCCUGAGUGCCGCGUUUUCUCGCGAAACACCCACUUGGUCGACCGCGAUUCUCUGUCUGUCCACCGCGUUGGCAAAAUGGGAGGCGGCGGAGGCGGCGCGCUGAACAAGCUGUUCCCUGGAUACAAGGACAAGAUCUGGAUGAAAGUUCCAGUUCAGUGGCGACAGCAGAUGAUUCAGCAUUGGAACAAGUCGUACGAGAAGCAGGUGUACAGCGAGUCCGUCGCGUUGAACAGAACUUUCCAGGCUCGCAACCAGCUGGUUCUGGAUCGUCUGAAGCCGAGCGGAGCGUACCGUCUCCCCGCUGUGGACUACAAGAGACAACUCAGUCGAGGCACGCUUGUCGAGGGAGCCGACUUCUACCUCCCGACUGCUCAGGAGCAGCAACGCCUGGCUCGCCACUUCGAGCCGUACUCCGAGCAAGAACAAGAAGAAAGGAGAAAGUUUCGCUUCCAGAGCAUUUCGGUGUACUUGGCUGUCGCUCUCGGGGCCUCCUUCGUCCACGACUACUUCUACCAGCGUCGACCAGUUGCGUGGUGUCUGGAGAAGGAACCCCCGCAUCCUCCGAGCUACCCUUUCUGGUUCAAAUCUCUCUUCCACUCUCACGACAUUCCCUCUGUCCGACGUGGCUAUGAAGUCUACCGCAAGGUGUGUGCAACAUGCCACUCCAUGGAGCAGCUGCAUUUCCGCCAUCUUGUCGGGGAGGUUCUUCCCGAGAAGCGCGUGAAGCAGAUCGCUGCGGAGUACGACGUGACCGACGGUCCAAAUGAUCAGGGCGAAAUGUACACGCGUCCUGGUAUCCUCGGAGAUGCUUUUCCCUCGCCGUAUCCGAACGAAGAAGCUGCGCGUUACGCCAACGGAGGAGCCUAUCCACCGGAUCUUUCCCUCAUCACCGCGGCUCGCCAUUUUGGUCCAGACUAUUUGAUGGCUCUGCUUGGCGGCUACCGCGACCCGCCUGAGGGUGUCGAGCUCCGACCUGGCCUGUACUGGAAUGUGUGGUUCCCCGGAAACGCCAUUGCCAUGCCUCCGCCCCUCAUGGACGAAAUGAUUGACUACGAAGAUGGCACUCCCUGCAACAUUUCUCAGAUGUCGAAGGAUGUUGUCAACUUUUUGACCUGGGCAACAGAGCCGACCGCGGAUGAGCGGAAACUGUACGGGUUGAAGUGCGUGAGCGCCAUUGCGAUCGGAACUGUUUUGAUGACUCUGUGGUGGAGGUUCUACUGGGCCAUGUACGCGACCCGCCGCAUCGAUUUCGGAAAGCUGAAGUAUUUGUGAGAGUGCAUCCAGUCGUUUGUCUCGCGAGCUGGUACACCGUACUUGUGGCUGUCACGUGAGUCCAUUCACUUGGAGAGCGACGCAGUUCAAUUCUCGGCGACGAACGGACCUGGCGAAAACCGUCUCUGGGGUAACAAAAGUAGACAGAAAACGAGAGUCGAGGCAGGCUUAUCGACCGGGACGGCAACAGAGAAGGCAGAGAGUCUUUCGCGCUGCCGAGUGUUUUUUUCGGAAAAACUGAGAGGGUCGCCGCUGUGCAUGACCCGGUGAAGUGUCCUGUUGCUGUGCCCGUUUGUAUGUCGCUUGUGUUGUUGACAGCCGUGUUUCUGCAGUUGCUCGACAAGAAAAGAAAACGAUUCUUGUGUUCGAUGCCGACAGGCACCUGUGCUCGCGUCUGGCACGUGGGCGUCUUUGUAAUUGUUGCUGUGAAGGCUGAAUGCCUCCUCGUCUGCCAAACACUCAGUGAAGAACUGUUUUUGACUGCGUCACUGUAGAACCGGAGACGCGGGAACUCCGCAGCUUGCUCGAUGGCACGCCGCCACAGAAACUACAGAAAAAAAAUGCACGGUCUACGAGAAAGGCGUGGGUUUAGUUGCCAUUCGGCGACAAAAGGCCAUUGAAAGCGUGCCACUUGCAUUCACUGACACAUAUCACCUACAUGCUGGCUCCCGCGAAACAAUGCCAACCCAUUUUCAAAACCACACAGCCAUACGCUGUUUGUAGAACAAUGCUGCAAUGUCUUGCCUAGACUCGCAACGUCAGCUGUCCAUAGUUCUCCGUUCUUGGAGUUCACCAGACACACUAGCUGCCAAACUGCGAUUCGACGGGGUUCAAAUGCUCCCGACUGCGGUUCUUUCCAGGUUGGCUGGUUGGACAGUGGCAAGCGAUGUGGACCUGUCCGCAAGAGAUCGACGUUUUUGAUGAGCAUGCAACAUCUAACUUUUUUAGAAGAAAAGCCCUAAUUAUGUCGAGCAAUUCUAGCUGAGAGUGCGCAUUUAAUGCAUGGAUUGACACCGUUUAUAUUGUGGUACAUGCCUGUGUUUGCGCCCAGGCAAGAAAGGUAGGUUUACAUCCAUUCACAUUCAGCAGGACCUACUGUGGAUGCCGCCGGAUGUGCGGUAAUCCCAGAAAGUAUUUGUUCCAAGUUGCCAAAGGCGCUGUGUCGGCUGCACGGCUUUGAAGUUGCUCUGGGUAGUAGGACUCUGGCCGAUGAGUGUCCCGUACGUGUUCAUGUCUGAGACCCAUCCACGAAAUGUGUGUAACUUUAAACUAAACUUGCUGGCACACGAGAGGAAUUUCACAGUAGAUAUGAAAAACCAACACGUACACAAGCUGUACAAAUGUCGUGAGACGCAUUUCGUUAGGCUUCCCCUGGAAGCGGCAGGCUCUCUGGUCACAACAGCGAUAGAGGUGAGCAAUCGCUCCUCGUAGUUGACUUCACGAAUGGGUGACAUGAGAUCCUGAAAUCGACAGUAAUUUCUCUUGUGUGCAAGACGUUUUUCUGUCGCAAAACACUGCACCGACGGACUCUAACCUCCGGACUCUGGUUUCUUUUGCCGCGACCGAAUUCGGCUUAAAUUGCCCCCUGUUGCAUGUUCUCAGCAUUUUUCUGUUUCUCCCCCGGAUUUACCCGUCAUGAGAGUGUUUUAGAUGUGUGUUGCCAACGGAAAACCCGUCCAGAAGAUUGUACAGGUUGCAUCUCACGUUAGACUCGUGUCUGUGCGACUGGGUCGAAACGCACGUGGACGCAGGAAGCCACAUUCCUCCCACACACGCAUCCCACCUGUUGUUUUUCCGGAAGCACUUAUCUCAAAACAGCAGUCUCCUCUGUAAAGAGGCGAGAUCACCUGUAUUGAUAACACGCACGACAGAUUCCCUCAUUCUUCGGUGGCAAGCUAUGCAGGUGUCUAUCACGAUGACCUGCCGCCAGAGGGACUCCCGUGGCGGUGGCUUUCAUAGAAACAGUGGACGUUUCACCCACGACUUGAGUUGUUUACCUUCUCUCUUCC